AUGAAGAGUCGGAGCUUGCCUGGCUGCUCCCCUCAUCCCGCCCUGGGCCCGCCGGGCCAUCUUCCUCCCUGUCAUGUUAGGGCCUCCCUACAGCGGCAAGUGACAUCAGUAGCCCAAGUAGCCCUACAGAACCAGCGCACCUCAGACCUUCUGGAUGCAGAAAAAGGAGGAACCUGCAUAUUCCUUCAGGAGGAAUGCUGCUACUACGUCAACGAGUCUGGAGUAGUGGAGCAAAACGUGCAGACCCUGACUAAGCUGAGUGAAGAACCACAUGCAAGACACUCCCAGGACAACUCUCCUUUUGGCUGGUUCCAAAGCCCCUUAGCUACCUGGGUCCUACCCAUGAUAGGGCCCCUGAUUCUCCUCUGUGUCUUUUUUCUCCUAGCCCCCUGCCUCCUCAAGUUCAUCUGCUCCCGGAUCCCGGAGAUGUCACAGGUGACUGUGAAUCAGCUCCUGCUCCAUCCCUAUGCUUCAUCCCUACACUCGGCUGCCCUCUGACCUGCCUCUGCCUGACCCUGGCCUUUAACCACCACCCCCCUCGUUGUCCCUGGUCAACUGGAAGUAGUCAAAAUGAACUCGCGCCCCCUGUCACUAAAAGGCCAGGAUGUUAGGUCAGAGGAAGCCCAGGAUCGGAUGCAUGCAGAUGUGUGAUGAGAUAAUGGACCCUCCCUGGAAUUCCAAACAGGUCAGCAUGCCAGACAGAUGGCCACACAGAUACCGACUCCUCCCUGGAA